AUGUCUGCCAGUCUCGAGAAGCCAGGGGAGGAGCGAAAGGCCUCCGUUACCCUUCAUACUGCUCCUGAUGUUGAGCACAUAGAGGCUCCCGUCACAUGGAAGGCCUACCUUCUUUGCGCCUUCGCCUCAUUCGGUGGCAUCUUCUUCGGUUACGAUUCCGGUUACAUCAAUGGCGUCUUGGGCUCCAAGAUCUUCAUCCACGCCGUCGAGGGUCCUACUGUUGACAAGAUCUCCGAAUCUCACUCCUCUCUGAUCGUGUCCAUCUUGUCUUGCGGAACCUUUUUCGGUGCCCUGAUUGCUGGUGAUAUGGCCGACUGGAUCGGCAGAAAAUGGACCGUCAUCAUUGGCUGCGUCAUCUAUGCCCUCGGUGUUGUUGUUCAGAUGAUCACCAGCCCCGAUCAUGCUCUUGGCCCUAUCGUCGCUGGCCGUGUCAUUGCUGGUCUUGGUGUUGGUUUCGAGUCCGCCAUUGUCAUUUUGUACAUGUCUGAGAUUUGUCCUCGCAAAGUUCGUGGUGCUCUCGUAGCUGGUUACCAGUUCUGCAUCACCAUCGGUCUCAUGUUGGCCUCUAUCGUGGUUUAUGCCACCCAGAACUACGACAACACUGGUGUCUAUCGUGUGCCCAUUGCUAUUCAGUUCCCCUGGGCUCUGAUUCUGGGUAUUGGUCUUCUCUUCCUCCCCGACUCCCCUCGUUACUUCGUCAAGAAGGGUCAGGUCCAGAAGGCCAUCAACUCUCUGUCCCGCGUCCGUGGCCAACCCGAGGACUCCGUAUAUGUCCAGACUGAGGUUGCUGAGAUCAUUGCCAACGAGGAGUACGAGCGUGCUCUCAUUCCCUCCACCACCUGGUUCGGAUCUUGGGCCAACUGCUUCAAGGGUAGCCUCUGGAGUGCCAAGUCCAACUUGCGUAGAACUAUUCUGGGAACUUCCCUGCAGAUGAUGCAGCAGUGGACCGGUGUCAACUUCAUCUUCUACUACUCAACUCCUUUCCUUCAGUCCACAGGCGCCAUCGACAACACUUUCCUGAUCUCACUCAUCUUCACUCUUGUUAAUGUGUGCUCAACUCCUCUGUCUUUCUGGACUGUUGAGAGAUUCGGUCGUCGCACCAUCCUCAUUGCCGGCGCUUUCGGAAUGCUCAUCUGCCAGUUCCUCGUUGCCAUCAUCGGUGUUACUGUUGGUUUCAACCACACCCAUCCUGAUCCCUCGGACCCCACCAAGAGUCUUGCGGAUAACAUCGCUGCCGUCAACGCCCAGAUUGCCUUCAUCGCCAUCUUCAUCUUCUGGUUCGCCUCCACUUGGGGUCCCGGUGCCUGGAUCGUCAUCGGCGAGAUCUUUCCCCUCCCUAUCCGAUCUCGUGGUGUCGGCCUCUCCACCGCCUCUAACUGGCUGUGGAACACCAUUAUUGCCGUCAUUACCCCGUACAUGGUGGGCGAGGAUCGCGGCAACCUGAAGUCAUCCGUCUUCUUCAUCUGGGGCGGUCUUUGCACUUGCGCCUUUGUCUAUGCCUACUUCCUGAUCCCCGAGACUAAGGGUCUCUCCCUCGAGCAGGUCGACAGGAUGAUGGAAGAGACUACCCCCCGGAAUUCGGCGAAGUGGAAGCCCACUAGCACCUUCGCUAACACCGUCGGAGCUGGCGACUAUAUUGAGAAGCCUGUUGCGGAGCAGGUAUAG